AUGGAAACCAUAAUCGCCCUAUUAAGACCCUUCACCUUUCACCCCUCCUCCUCCUCCUCCUCCUCCUCCUCCUCCUCCGCCUACCUCCUCCUUCUGAACUCCUCCUCCUCCUCCUCCUCCAGGAAAGAAGAAGAAGAAGAAGAAGAAGAAGAAGAAGAAGGAGAAGAGGAGGAGAGAGAUGUGAGGCGGAAAGGCGAUGAGCAAGACCGUCGAAGCGAGCGUAAAGAAGGAAGGAUAAUAACGGUGGAGGAGGAGGAGGAGGAGGAGGAGGAGGAGGAGGAGGGAGAUAUAGAUAACAAAGUGCCAAGAUCGAGUCUGGAUGAGGUUCAACUCCGGAUGUGGCAACAGGAUGAAGAAGAAGAAGAAGGAGGAGAAGAUGCUGCUGCUGGGAAGAGGAGGAGGAGGAGGAGGAGGGGUUGUGGCUGCUUCCUUUCAUCUCUCGGUGAAGAUGCCACUGGUGUGUGGCCCCCUCUCCGUGAGGGCUUCGGCGAGCAGGAGGGGCUGGAGGGCGUCUGUUGUUCGGACAAUGUUCCGGGUCUCGAGCUGUUGGAUGGAGUCGAGCAGGAGUUCGAUUUCAAGUCUUUUCUCAUGUUGCUUAGGCUUAGACAUGAAGUGACAGUUAAGCCUAGUCGAAGCAGAGCGUCUUGGUCGGGAGAAGGUUGGAACUACGUCUGCAACGCCAUUAGAGUCAAUAAUUCACUCGAUGGAAAAGCGAACGAAGGAAAGGAAAGUGAGAGUCAGCCCGAGGAGGAGGAGGAGGAGGAGGAGGAAGAGGAGGAGGAGGAGGAGGAGGAGGAGGAGGAGGAGAGGAAUAGCAGCCUGUGCCCUCUAGCUUCAGUAGUUUCUAAGAAAACUAAAGAGAUCUGCAGACGCCUUUUCUCUUCCGAGUGGCCGGGAUGCUGUGCCUUAUCUCAGGCCCGCGAUCUGCCCCUGGCAUCAAUGAUGCUCCUAAACAGCCUUUUGACAGCUGUGGGGAUGCGAUGA